CUGCUAUUGAUAAGGAAAUGGCUCGGCAGCUAUCGCCUCGUAUCAGUACUGUGUGAUUAGAUUAGUAUGGAGGCUGUUACGUUACAUGCGAUACCUUGUAUGUAAAUUUAGUACCCAUUACUACGCUGAAUCAGGAAUGAUCUCAAGAAGAAAGUAACACAGAAUUAGGAUGACUUCUGAAGAGGACUUACAGCAUUGUAUUGAAACCACAGAUCUGAAAGCACAAGGUCCUGGAGUCCACAGUCACACAUCAAGACCUUAUGCUGGCCAGCCUGGUGAUCUCAUCAACCAUGAAGAUGGCCUCCACGGUGAUCUUCUCACUCACUCUCAAGUCCUCCCUUCAGGACUUCACUCAGUUACACCUAGGAAUAACCUGAAGGAACCUGAGACUUCAGUAGUUGAAACAUACUUACCCAGUUCUUCAUCUUUGGGCUUGAACAAAUACUCCAUGCUGCUGAAACUGUUAAAGACUAGAGAACAAAGGAGGGUAGGAGGUACAAAAAGUGCCCAGACUGUAAAUGAUGGAUGUAUAGAUGAUGGGUCUCAUGGCAGUAAACCGAGGGAAACCGAGAGAUGUGAGUUAUUUAAGCUAAGGCAAGAGAGCUUUAAUGCCACUGGAACCAAUUACAUCCCAGAUUGCACUAUAAGUCAUCAGUCCAAUGUUAAUGAAGUUGAGAAAUAUACGCUUUCAUCAGAAUUGGAGGACGAUUGGUCAAGUGAUGAGGAAGUGCAGUAUUUAGGUUCAUACAGUCAAGGUCCGAGGGAAUUCCACAAUAAAAUAAAUUUGAAUGAGGGCGAAGGUGACAGUGCCUGUAAAAAUUCCAGUGCUUUGACUUGUGUGAAACCAUGUAGAACAACUCGUCAGUCUGAUCCAUUUGGAAGAAUUCUAGAUAAGUUUGAUAUUUUCAUAUGUAGAAUAAAAGUUUCUCUCUAUGCCAAAACCAUAUCAGGAGACUUAGAGGAUGCUAGUGAAUCUCUGACAGACUUGGAGAAAUGUCUCCUAGAUAUUAAGUCUAGCUUAUCAUAUUCAGAAUUGAUUGAAAAACUCUCAUCUUUCACUAAGUGUAUUGAAGACAACAGUGGUCUUGCUUCAGUUUUUCUACUUAAUUUCACCCAGUACAUUAGCUCAGAACUUGCACUGGAAAAUAACUUGAGAGAAAUAAGUGGGUUUGUUGAGUGCCUGAGACCAUGCUUAGAGGCUGCUAUAAAGGGACAUAUCUCACAGGAUGUGAUCAGUGACAUCAAGAACCAAAAUCUCAUCCAAAAUUUGUUACUUAGUGUAGCUGCUUUAUUCAAGGAGGAGACAAAAUACAAGGAAAGUUCCAUAAGAACAAUCAUGGAAUAUGGCAAAGGUGCAAACCCAGCAAAAGCUCAAAUCAUUCGCAUGAGCACAGAAGACUCCAAAACUAUAUUCCAGGAAACAUUUGCAGACGUGGGCCCACACUUGGAUCUCUACACUAUCUACUUUUGGUAUAUCAUCAAUGUCUGUAAGAUGGAAGUCAAGGAUGGGAAGCAGUCAUCCAUGAUAUCCAUGACCAAGGCUCUUGAGGCAUCGGGAAAGUUCAUAAAUACCCUUCCAACGUGUGAGCUCAAGUCCAGAAAGUCCGAACUUCUUUCAAUAAAUGAAAAGCAAAAUGUUCAUCAGCCAGGUGAGUGUAAAGUCAUCCAGGCAAGUGACACAAGUGCCUUUGCUGCCCUGUCCCCUCCCACCUCCACCUGUUCCCCCGUCCCUGCCUCCUCCCCCACCACUACUCCCACCCCAGCCAGUGAGCUCCGCUACCAGUGGGUGGACUUCCGGCUAGGACAACUGUACGAGAAUGGAGUAGCUUUCCUGGCAAAUAUGGAAAACUGGCUGGAAAAGCUGCUAGAAAUCUCAAGGCUUGUGCAGAACCUUGAAGUAAAGAAACAUGUGCGGUUCUCUCCUUCUCUUGGUGCUACUUUUGCUCUGUUUUUACAGGAAGGAAUUAGAACCCUCACUGGCAAAGCAAACGUAGCCUACAUUCGUGUGCGCGUGGUGCGAGUUGUAGGUCCUGUUGUGUGUGUUUAUGGCAUAGACACUGGCACCACGCAUACCUGUCACUCCGUAGACCUCAUUCUUUUGCCAUCGACGGUCCUUAGUCACCCCCCUGCUGGACGCCUCGCCUUCUUGCCUGUUGCACCAACACCAGAGGUUUCUUCCCUUACACAUACUCUGGCCCUCCUUCUCGCUCUCGUUCAGCACUCGGACUUGUCAUUGGAUUUGCAAGGGGUAGACAUCAGGCCAGUAGGAAAGUGGCUGUAUUGUGAUGACUUGGUGCCUUUAACUGUGCAACUUUUGCAAGCAGUUGCAGAUGUCACUCAGAAUGCAGACCGGUUGUGCAACAUAUGUUCAUUGCUAACAGAUUACUUGGAACGGACAGUUUACAGAAAAAGCAGUCCUGAAUUUCCCAUUGAUGAGAGCUUGCCAAAGAUUCUGAUUUCGGUUAUGCAGAAAUCCCCCAAAGCGCGAUUCACAGCUGCGAAGAAUGGAGCUUUCAUGCCAUUAUACGAGAUUGGUAUGCAGACAGGAAGUAAGAGUGCGUGGGAAGCUCUGAAGGUGUUGCUCGGAGGGAAGGAGAGUCUGGGGCGGUGGAGUCAGCUUUCGCAGAAGGUGUCAAAGCUCCAUACCUUUAGCAAGCCUAACAGCCUGAAGGCAGCAUCCAUAGCAGACAAGGAGCAGCAUGAUCAAUCAGACCCUUCUAUGAAGGUCAUGCGUGUGGCAAACCUGGCUAGUGACCGCACAUGGGACCUGGAAAUCAGGUCCAGCAUCAAGUCACGGCAGCUUGUGGCAUACAAAGAACUCAAGAAAGGUUGGCACUGGGAUGGCCAGGAAGUUUUGACGGCUGACGUUGGGGAGCUCUGCAGUGGCCAUGUAUUAAAUGUGACCAAUGACGAAACUCAUCACAUUAUCCUGGAUAAGAGUGUUCCAAACAUUCGUAUGAACACUGUAUUACAGAUAAUUCUGGGCAUGCUGAACACCGGGCUGGGAGGUAAAAUUUACAUUGGCUUGAACAGCAAAGGGAUUGUGUCUGGAGCCAAAAUGACCAGAGAGCAACGUGAUUGUUUUAUGCUGGGUUUUUCAAAAUUAGUCACCUCAGAGAUCUUCCCAAUGCUCCUGCCAUGUAAUUCACUCAUUCAGUUCAUCCCUGUGGUUCGGCCUGGAAGUACUCUUAAUGUUCUUCCAUCACUUUCGUCGUCCCUUCAUACAACUUUACCCUCUGAUGCGUCUGUGAUCAUCAUGACUGUAAAACCCCAGCCCAAUACAAUUUAUAGGUGUCGUGAUGAUCCUGAAGCUUUGCUGUUGCGGGAAGGAGGUGUCAACACAUUUGUACGUGGUCAAAAAACUGCUCAGAUGAUCAAUGCCUCUGCAAUGUGGACGAAGGAGCUGCAAGAAGAAGUUGUAAAGGAAAAACAGUUGUUGCUGAAUACAAUAUUAUCAAAAGAUACAUGAUUGAUAAUGUAAGAGAGAGAAAGAGUGAGUGAGUGAGUGAGUGUGUGUUUGUGUGUGUGUGUGUGUGUGUGUGUGUGUGUGUGUGUGUGUGUGUGUGUGUGUGUGUGUGUGUGUGUGUGUGUGUGUGUGUGUGUGUGUGUGUGUGUGUGUGUGUGAGUGUGUGUGAGAGAGUGAGAGAGUGAGAGAGUGAGAGAGUGUGUGUGUGUGUGUGUGUGUGUGUGUGUGUGUGUGUGUGUGUGUGUGUGUGUGUGUGUGUGUGUGUGUGUGUGUGUGUGUGUGUGUGUGUGUGUGUGUGUGUGUGUGUGUGUGUGUGCGCGUACAUGUGAAUGUGCAUGUGUCUGUAUUUGCAUGCGUAUGUGCAUACAUGCAUGUGCCCCAUGCGUGUAUGUGUCUGCAUGUGUGUGUUUUAUAUAUUGAUGUGCACACACAGGUAGAGAGAGAAUGAAUUGGAUACGUAAACACAUUUGAUAAAACCAGUACUAAUACGAUAUUAGUAAUUUUACAGAACUUGUUGUAUUUUACACCUGUGGUUCAUAUAUGUGUGCAGUUUGUAUAGGCAGCUAUGCAUAAGCUUGUAUGUUUGUGAAUAAAUUGCUAAGAAUAA